CAGGCAGCAUAGGGUCACGUGGCUCUCGCAUUCGCUCUCGACUAGCAUCACGCCGCGGAAGCGAGAGCGAUGUGUCCAAGUCUCUCACUGUCAGGCUAUGCCGCAGUAGCCGAUAACCAAGCCGCUUUACGCCGCCGGAAACUCAGUCAGGCUGUCGCUAACCGUCUGAUGGGAUGGAGAAGCUCUCAAACUCAGCAGCUGGUGGUGGAACAAGCAAAGAGUUUAUGUGGUAAAUAUUUGAGGUCGAAACUUAGAAGCUGUGCGCUACUUCAUAAAAAACUUGGACUCCAGCGCUUGAAAAGCGUAAGCCAUCUACCUUCAUCUGCACUAUGGUCAUCCGCAGAAGUAGCCCUUGAAUUAAGAGAACUAGGCUUGGAAAUGGAGAGAUCUCAUCCUGAGCUUUUCCAAAGUGUACUUGAAAACGUUGGCCUUUAUUCUCUUCCAUCAGAAUGUGGGGUGCAGAAUUUAUUACAUGCUCUUGCUGCAGAGCUUUUCAGAGAAGGCCGUGUAACAUGGGGACGAAUUGUAGCACUGUAUGCUAUGGCUGGAGCUUUGGCAGUCGACUGUGUUAAGCUUGGUCAUCCAGAGUUUGUUCUAGGUCUGGUGCAAGUAGUGGGCAAUUGCGUUGAAAGAGAUCUUGGUUCUUGGAUCAUUCAGCAAGGUGGAUGGACUGCAUUGCUGACACGAUUCAAAAAGAGCCCCUCAUUCCAGAAGCCCGGUUUCCUGUGUACAAGCAUCAUAGUGGCUUGUGUGAUUGCCAUCAUAUAUUACCUCUUCCCAUGAAUACGACGAAACCAUUUCCGCAUCAUUCCAGAGCUUAUUUAUACUUUAUAUUCUCUAUCCACAUGACCUUUACCUCGUGUAUUUUUUGGCAUUAAAAUUUUUACCUCUUUAA